AUGAAGAGGAUUACAGCGACAGACAACGAGAGGCUUCUUCGGCCGUUUACGGUGGAAGAGGUUAAGGAUGCGCUUUUCUCUAUGGCCCCCGAUAAAUCCCCAGGUCCCGAUGGCUUUAGCCCAGCCUUCUUUCAACACUUCUGGAAUGAGAUUGGAGGAGAUGUAUCACACUUUAUUCUGGAAUGUUUGAAUGGACACGCAUGGCCUAUAGGAAUGAAUGAUGCAUAUGUAACUUUGAUUCCAAAAAAAGCAAUGCCAACAUAUACGGGGGAUCUUAGGCCUAUCGCUCUUUGCAACGUGACUUAUAAGAUACUUUCUAAAGUUUUGGCUAAUAGGCUUAAGGAAGUGCUUGAUGGUGCAAUCUCGGCUCCCCAGAGUGCCUUCUUACCCGGCCGGCUCAUAACCGAUAACGUUCUCAUUGCCUCCGAGGUGGUACACUAUUUACAUCGAAAGAGACAAGGAAGUACGGGCUGGUGUGCGUUAAAGCUUGAUAUGGCCAAGGCCUAUGACAAGAUGGAGUGGGGAUUUCUUGAACAGAUUUUGCUACGCAUGGGUUUUGAUGGUCGUUGGAUUGAUAUUAUUUUGAGGUGUGUCACGACGGUCCGCUAUAAGGUUAGUCUUAAUGGUUGUCUCACUAAUCAUAUUCUUCCUACACGAGGUUUAAGACAAGGUGAUCCACUUUCGCCUUAUCUUUUUAUUCUCUGUGCUGAAGGCUUGGGUUAUUUAUUAUCAAAGGCAGUCCUGUCAAGAAGAAUAUCACCUUGUGUUGUAGCUCGUGGUGCUCCAGGUAUCUCUCAUCUGUUUUUUGCAGAUGACAGCCUAUUGUUCUUUAAGGCUACAACCGCCGAGGCUAUGGUUGUUAAAGACUGUUUAAAUACUUAUGAAGCGAUGUCUGGCCAGUCUGUGAACUUCAAUAAGUCUUGCAUAUUGUUCAGUCCUAAUACUACUGCCGAUUUAAAGAAUGCUGUUACCACUGUCCUCAAUGUUGAUACAGUAAACAAUUUAGGCAAGUAUCUGGGUUUGCCUAUGGGGAUUGGGCGUAAUAGAAAGGAGGUUUUUUCGUAUAUUGAGGCAAAACUCAGACAUAGGCUCGCUGGUUGGCAUAAAAAUGUGUUAUCUCGUGCCGGAAAGGAAAUCUUGAUCAAAAGUGUUGCACAGGCCUUACCUACGUACACAAUGAGCAUAUACUAUUUACCAUUGACAUUCUGUGAGCACCUCGAGCGUAUCAUGAAUCAAUUUUGGUGGUGUAAUAAAGGCAGUGGGAUCCGUUGGAUGGCAUGGCAACGAAUAUGUUCUCCUAAAGCAGUUGGAGGUCUUGGCUUUAAACAUCUAAAUAGGUUCAAUCUCGCUUUACUUGCUAAGCAAGGUUGGCGCCUACUUACAAAUCCUACCUCCCUGACAGCCCGUAUCUUUAAAUCUCGGUACUAUCCAAAUGAGGAGUUCUUGGAUGCUAAGAUUGGUGCUAACCCUAGCUAUGUAUGGCGUUCAAUCCUAGCAGGCAAAGAUAUUUUAACCACGGGUUGUGUAAAGCGUAUUGGUAAUGGGGAGAGUACGCAAGUGUGGAAGCACCCUUGGCUACCUGAUGCAGUAGAUCCUUUCGUUCACUCACCAUGCACAACUUUGGAUUGUACAAUGACAGUUAGUGAGUUGGUUGAUCCAGUGACUAAGGAUUGGGACCUUGCAAAGUUGAAUCAGCUUUUUGAUGCCCGAGAUGUGGGUUUGAUUACGAGCAUUCCUGUAGCGCUGGAUUUCAACGAUAGUUGGUGUUGGCGGGAGGAUAGUAGAGGACAGUAUUCGGUGAAGAAUGGGUAUAAGCUCCUUGCCACGCUACAUAAUGAUGGUCAGCAUAUUAACUUUGCCUGGAAGAAGCUAUGGAAUCUCAAAAUCCCUCCAAAUGUGUGUAAUUUUCUGUGGAGAUGCUUACAUGGUGUCCUACCAACAAUGGUUGCCAUAUGUUCGAGAAGAGUGGAUGUUGAUACAUGCUGUCAUCUCUGUAAACAGCACUCGGAAACCGUAAGGCAUUUAUUUUUUGAUUGCAUUCACGUACAGGCUAUUUGGAACCCUACUUACCGUCAGCUCAUAGCGGAGGAUGAUGAUUUUCCGGCUUGCCUUUCUAAAUGGCUUGCAGCAGCGAAUGAGAGUAUUGUUAAGUGGUGUGUCGCUGCUUGUUGGGCGGUGUGGAAGCAUCGUAAUGCACUGGUUUGGAGUAAUAAACCAUGGAAUCCUACUUCUGUAAUUAUGGACAUUUCCAACAUGGUUAUGGAAUGGGAGGACAUGGAUUUGCAUGAUGUACGUGUGCGUACUACUACAGCAAAUGCAAGCCCAAUGGAUGUGGCUCCAGGUACGAUGAUGAUAUAUGUGGAUGCAGCGGUAUUUGUUGAUUUGAGAGAAGCUUAUGUUGGAGUCUAUAUGACUAAUAGUGCAGGGGAUUAUGUGGCGGCGAAGAACGGCUCCAUAAGAUGUUUGAAUGAUGUCCUUCUAGUCGAAGCUAUGGCGGUGAAGGAGGCUUUAUCCUGGGCAAAAGAAAGAGGGGAUAACAAUGUGAUAAUUUAUUCCGAUUGCCAGAUGGUUUGUAAAUGGUUUGAUAGUGUGGCACGAGAUCUUUCAUAUGCAGGUUGUAUCCUAGAGGAGUGCCGAACUCUAAAACGACUAUUUGAAUCAGUGUCUAUUCGUUUUAUUCCGAGAUCAGCGAACAAGUUUGCUCAUACUCUUGCUAGAGCUACUCGUUCACAACCUGGUCCUAUGUGUUGGCUUUCAGUGAUUCCUUCUUGUAUUGGACACUUAUUUUAA